AUGUCUCGUGAGAAGCAAAAAGACACAUACGAAGACGGAGAUGAAAGUGACGAAAAUGUCGAGGAAUAUCGAGAGUCUGACCCUAAUGAAGGGAAGACCGAAAACGACAAUUUAGUUUCUGAGAA